GCUUAAUAACGCAUGAACUGUAGCAGCAGCCGCCAAGAGGAGACAAAACGCAAGAGACUGGUGCCGCUGCUGAGCCGGGGACAAGCCGCUGUCGAUGCUCCCCCAAGGAUCUUAAGAGAGAAGUGAAGCCGCGGCACAGACAGGGGCGGACCGUCAGUAAGAACCACUAGAAGGGAGAUGACUUUAUACCGGCAGACACUGACACACACACACACCUUCAUGCUGUGGGAUUAAUGAGUGUAAAGGAAGACCUUCUCUUCCCGCCUCCACACUCAACAUUAUUACAGUGAUUUGGGGAGGAUCGCUCUGUUCCUGAGGUCCCGGCUCCAGAACCUCUCAUAGUGUCUUUGUCUGUGGAGGAGUGCGGCUUGUUGGAUGAUUUCGGAUCCUUAAACGUCAGCAGAGAUUUCAACACUUAUCGCGCGGAAUUACAACCAUGAACUUUGUUGUCAGUUUGGUACACAUCCUUUUGGCAGCGGUUCUUCACCUAUCCAUUGUAAAGACUGCCAGCAUUAACAAGAGCGUGGAGAAGAGUAAAAAUGAGGUCAUUCUUCUCCCAGAUGUCAUCACCAAGAGUAUGUGUCAGCCAAGGGAGGUGUUGGUGGACAUCUUCCAGGAGUAUCCUGAGGACACAGAACACACCUACGUUCCUUCAUGUGUCGUCCUCAGCCGUUGUGGAGGCUGCUGCAUUGACGAAGCCAUGGAAUGCGUUCCCAUGGAAACCAGCAAUGUCACGUUGCAGGUGAUGCGGUUUAGGCCAAUGGUAACGCAGCACACUAUUCACUUAAGUUUCACAGAGCAUCAAAAGUGUGAUUGCAGACUAAAGCCAGAUGUUCAAGCAAAGAAAGAAUACCACUGUGUGCCUUGCUCAGAGAGAAGGAAGCGCUUGUUUGUGCAGGACCCUCUCACCUGUAAAUGUUCCUGCAAAUUCACACAGUUAGACUGCAAGUCCAGGCAACUAGAGUUAAACGAAAGAACUUGCAGAUGUGAUAAACCAAGGAGAUGAGACCGGCAACACUGUUAUGAAGGAAUUCCCUCUUGGCACAGCACUUUGAAACCUGAGGAAGCAUUCCCUGCAAGGACACGAAAACACAACGCAAGACAGGACAUUCUUGACGCAUGUCUUGCCACAGUCUGUUUUUGCCUAAAGAUAUUAAUAUAUAUAUAUAUGUACAUAUACUGAAAGUACAUCGACAAUGUGUAUUGCUGCUACAUAAAAAGAGACUAUUUAAAGCGAAACGAAUGCGCCACUGGCGUGUGAACAGGAAAUGUUUCAGUGGCCUUCUGCUCAUGGGUGAUUCUUUUUUGUAACACUUCACUGGAUGCUUGUCUGCUGUGGAUAUGCAUAUCUUAUAUUUAUAUCAGUAACAAAAACUGAUGAGCCCAACUUCAACGAACGGUGCAGCAGCAGCCCAACUCACCUCUGAACUCUGACAGAAGAGACUAGUGAAGACAGAGGGAGGACGAGGAGGCGGAGGUGAAGGAACUGUUGUACUUGAUCUGAACAGCAGGUCCUAAUACUGUUUCCCUCUGUGUGACAUUAUGUGAAGUUUUGUCCCCACUUUAUGGACUGACUGGUGUAGGAAUACACCUCACACGUUUCCAGAAGUGUCUGUGGAUGCAGGUUAUAUGCUAAGGCGACUGAUAAUGUGAAGAUGACCUUUUCUCAUGGGAGGGUUACGUGAUGAUGGCAAGAACUGAUCUAAAACUAAGAUAAUGGUGAUGUUUUAGCAAGUAAACGAUUUUAGUCAAUGUUAAAAUUGGAUUAGGUUUGGGCCUAAGUGUGGGCAAGUGACCAAAGUUAAUAUUGGUCUUAAGUUUCCAUCAGGGUUAGAGUUAAGAAAACACGACCUGUUCCUGGUCUUGCCUCCCUCAUGUAACCCUUCCCUCAUGGGGAAAUAGACAUAUCUCUUUUUGUGCACAGACUUUAUUUUUACAUUUUGAGCUAUUGUGAUCCUUUAACAAAAUCUCCUGAGACCAGGCAGUCUAAAUUAAUAUUACUGUGGGUAUAUGCAAGGAAAAGAAGUGACUAGAAAUGCUGAUUAUAGAUCAGAUCAGCACCUCACUGUAGAAAUCCAAAACCUUCCAGUUCCCUUAUUUAAUAUUUUUGUGUGUGUUCCAAAGAAAUAGUCAGGCAUCCACAACAGUGUAGUUGAUCAGAAAUGAUCUGUAUAUACUUACUAGAUAUCCUUAUGUCUAGUACCCUACAUCUAAUUUAUAGACUAUGCUCAGUAUUCUGAUAUUUAUAUGCAGUGUUAAGGUUGUUUUAAUUUGUUGGAGAUUGAAUGAAGAACAUGUAUGACUUUAAACUCCUUUUUUUUGUGGGGAAAAAAGACUGAAAGACGAUGCUUUGACAUUCCGGAUUUAAACUGAAGCUGUGUUUCUCACCAGCUAGAGUGGGAACACGGUGGGCUGGUUGACCGAUAGAAACCCCAGCCAUCAACAUGUACGGGAAUGAUGCGCCAACACAGGUGUUUUUCAUUUUAGACUGGAGCGAGGGACAUGUGGUUUUGCACUUGUUGGCCCAAAGGCAUGUCAUAUGGAGGACUGAAGGAGUCUCAUUGCUGCUGCUCAGCUCGAACCUAAUUUAGUGAAGACUGUCCAAUCAGACUGAGGCCUCUAGUCUGACGGUGGUGAAAUGGCACAGUGUUCUCUCUGACUCUAACAUUAACUCCUCAUUCCUAAGUAUUACACUGUUGUGUGGUUCAGUAGGAUACAGCCACUUACCACAAAUCUAACAUUUCCUUUAAUGCUUAACUGUUAGCAUAUAAUAUAAAGACCUUCCUCAUUGAUGAGCUAUUAAAGAGACAUAUAGGAUAUACAAUUCAGUAAAGUUGCUAGGGAAGUAAUUAAAAGGUAAGUGCUACCGUAUAUGACGUAUAUUAUUUCAAAUAGGAACUGUGCGUUCACAUCAGCUUAUCAUGUGAUACAGUUUGUCUGGAGGCUGCUUGAUCUCAACAGCUUGGACCAUGAGAAAAAAUAAUUUAGUUCUGACAUUUAUCUGACGAAGCCUGGCAAGUGUUGAGAUACUCUGGUCCAAGAAUUAGUCAUUUGUGCUCAUGAAUUAAUAACUUGUGCCUAACAAUUAGUAUAUAAGCCCUUGAAAUAAUAACUUGUGCUCAAAUGAGUGUUAUUAAGGCCAAAACAACCCUGAUGAAUACCAUAAAGGAUACCAAAGGUAACACUUUUAUUGUUACUAUUGUGAGAUAAAACCUUAAACACAGUAUAUACGUGUUAUUGAGAAAUCAAUCCUUUCAUUGUCCACAGUUUUUUUCAACUUCGCUGAGACGCCCAAUGUAAACUGUUUUUCUCAAGAAUUGUUGACGGAUGAAGAUACAUGGAAUGAUCAUUUAUUUACAGGAAUUUCUUUUAAACAAAUUAUUAUAGUAUUUAAAGGUAUGAAUUCCUAAAUAUACUAACUGUAAGACUCUGUACAAUGUUGACAGCAAUGGUCAGAGGAGGGGUCCAGACUCAAAGUCAGUGAUUCAGACUUUUUCCACUAUUUACUGACACAUUUUGUUUCAUGAUCCUACCUGUGUUUCUAGAAGUGCCAGCUCUACCGCUGCUGUUAAUGUAAAUUACCUUCUGUGCUGCCACCCUCAAACUUAAGGCCUGAGAGUGUUCACUGAGACAGGCUGCUGGCUCUGGCCAAUGCCACUCGAGUCCUCUGAUGAUGACAAUGUUCUAAUCUUUUUCUUGAGUUUGUAUGGCCACAUUUUUAGUAUA